AAAGCCUAAACGCGGAACUCGAAAUUCUAAUUUCCGAAAUAACUAAACCAAAAUAUUACAAACCGUUCUUGCAGCGAAUUGCGCGUGUGAAAUUAUUUAAUUAAGAAUCAAAUACAAAUGAGUGCAGUGCAAAAAAUUGAUACAAGUUUAGAUCCUCGAAAUAACGAAUACUGAAUUUCGAAAUUUCAAAACUACAAUAUACAAGAUAAAGAUAUUGAAUCAACACUUGAAUCUGCGUUACAAAAAUGGUUGCUGCAACAAUGACAGAGCAAAAGGAGCGCAGCAUACUCGACACACCCGAUGGCAUUGGCUUGUCUUUCGAACAACUCACAUUCGAUACGGAGGGCAAUUGCUUGCCACCGGCAUAUUUGCCAACCACAUCGCCAAAUGAAAAAGAGUUUGCAGAGGAGCCAUCAGCGGAAGACCCGCUUAAGCCGGAGUCAAAGCCAAAAAAGCGUAGACGUCAUAUGACCGUGGAAUUUCCGCUUUUGCUAAUGUUUAUUGCUUUAAUGUUGGGCGGUUCUGUGAUGUUGAACCAAGAACUUUAUCAAGCUUGUACAGCCGUUUACAAUUUUAAUGAGACGGACUGUGAACCACUGCGCGGGAUUAUACCCAAGACGCCGGAGGCAAAGAUACUCGAGAACCAUAUUCAACCUUAUGUUGCUCGAAUUAGCAUGAUAAAUUCCAUAUUACAUAACGUAUGGCCAGGACUGCUCGUGCUAUUCGUGGGACCCUGGUCAGACAAAUUUGGGCGUCGACCAGUGCUACUGGCAACCUUUGGAGCCUACUUCAUUGGUUACACUAUAACGACUACAUUGGUAUACUUUUCGAAAACACUCGCACUUAAUCCCUGGUUCUAUCUAUUGGGCGGCUUACCAUCUACCAUUGUCGGCGGCAAUUGCACAAUGAUGGCUGUCAUCUUUUGCUAUAUAUCUGAUGUCUCCGAUGCGGAUAGUAAACCAAAACGUAUGUUCUAUGUGGAUAUAGUUAUGGGCGUGGGUGUAGUGUUCGGCAAUGUAAUUAGUAGUUACUUGUUACGCCUCACGAAUGUGGCCACAGUUUGUGCGACUGCUGGCAUGCUGGUGUUCAUCGCUUUAUUGUAUAUAAUAAUUUUCAUAGAGGAAAGCUUGGAUGUUGAGAAGACCACAUUGUCGCAUAAAGCUAAGAGCUUCUUUGAUGUGCGCUUAAUUAGGGAUCUCGUUAAGACCUGUGUGGCACGUCGUCCAAAUUAUGGACGCGCUAUAAUUGGUUGCACCAUAUCGGUACUGAUGGUAACCCAUUUAAUAAUGUACGGUGAAUUUGGCGUAUUCUACUUGUUCUUGCGCACCAAAUUCAAUGUGACAUUACAGCAGUUUACCUACUUUAAUGCCAUUACAAUAACAAUUAAGAUGAUUGGAUGUAGCGUAGCCUUCGCAAUAUUUAGAAAGUUUUUCAAACUGCCUUUUGCCGUCGUUGCUAUGAUCGGUAUGGUUGGCUCUAUUCUAGAUCAUUUAGGCCGUGGUUGGGCGCAGAGUUUCUGGCAAAUGUAUAUGGUCUCGUCAUUCGGCAUUAUAUCGGGCAUAACGGGACCUAUGUUGCAAGCGCUCGUUGCACUUGCCGUGCCACCAAAUGAACUUGGUAAAGUUUAUGCGCUGGCAUCUUGCUUCAAAACGCUCGCACCGCUAAUUUCUGCUCCCUUGUACACAUAUGUCUACAAUCGUACGCUGACUUUUUACCCUGGUUUUUAUAACUUCAUUAGCGCUGGACUUAUGGUGGAGUGUUUCAUAGUAUUGAUUGUGAUAAAUAAUUAUGAACGACGAGUUGCUGCCAAAAAGAGCAAAACAGAUGCUGAAAAUGGAGAAGAGGAAAAACCGCAAACUGAAAAGCCUCAAACAGAAAAGUCUCCGUCAGAUCUUGAAACAUAA